UAAAGACCGAGUGUCCAACCAGAUGGGGAUCUAGGCAGGCCAUGGUUUCCAGAGUCCUUGAGCAGCAGAAGGCCAUUGCCCAUGUCCUCUCCCAAGACAAAGGAACUAGGCACCUCAUCCCCUCAUGGCAGGACAUCGAUGUCCUUGAGGCCAUCAACAAGACCCUGGGACCUCUGGUUGAAUUCACUGAUGCACUUUCUGGAGAGAAAUAUGUGAGUGUGUCUUUAAUAAAACCAACACUCCACCUAUUUAACAACUCAAUCCUGGCUGAGCAAGAUGAUGACACAGACCUCUCAAAAUGCAUCAAGAGGAGAAUACUGGAGUACCUAAAUGAAAAGUAUGGUGACUCACCAACACAAGAGUUGCUUGACAUGGCCACUGUCCUGGACCCAAGGUUCAAACUGAGAUAUGCAAGCGAGGUCAGCCAAGAAACCAUCAAAGCCAGACUGACAAUGGAAAUGAAGUCCAUCAUGGAGGCUGCAGUGAUGGGGGCACCCAUUGGUAACACGGAGGUUGCUGAUGAUGGUGCAUCGAACCAAACGAAGAGGAAAAGGGGCCUAAGCAGCUUCUUUAAGGCCCCUCACAGCCCAGCAGCUCCAGGUGCAGAACAUACUCUUCAACUGGACCAGGCCAUAGCUUGUGAGCUUCAGGGGUACCUCCAGGCUGGGACCCUGGACACAGAGGAAGACCCACUGGGGUGGUGGAAGCUAUCACAGAACCUCUUCCCACGACUCUCCAUCCUGGCAAAGAAAUAUCUUUGCAUCCCAGCCACAAGUGCCUCAUCAGAAAGGGUCUUCAGCACUGGUGGAAAUGUUGUCAACUGCCUGCGUGCAUCCCUAAAGCCUGACCAUGUUAAUAGGCUGGUGUUUUUGGCUAAAAACCUUUGAAAGGUU